CACAUACACAAAUGACCGAGCCAGCGCCAAAAUCAAGAAAACUGCGGCUCGCAGACGUGCGCAAGGCCGGCGGGCUGAAGCGCAAGGUGAAGAAGCCGGCCGCCAAGGCCACCGAAGAGGCCGAGGCAGCCCCUGCGCCAGCCCCGCGCCGCCGCAUCAAGCGCGACGACCUGCCGUGGAAGAAGGUCAACACGUCCAUCUUGCCUGGGAUGGACGCCGGUGGAGGCAUGAUGAUGCUCGAGGAGCUGGACGGGGUCGCGAUUGAGUGGGAGGAGGAUGGGCGCGGGGGAAGGACGGCGCGGUUUGUUGAGAGCAACAAGAAGGCCAAGGGCAAGGCUGCUGCGCCGGAGCCUGAGGCCGAGGACGAGGAGGAUGAAGAGGACGUCGCCGACGAGGAGGAUGAGGACGCCGACUUCCCCACAUUCUCGGGCUUCGCGGCCUCGGACCUCGACGACGAGGACGACGAGCCCGUCGUGCCCGCCGAGCCAGAGUUCAACGACGCGCUCCUCCCCGCGUGGGAGGGCGUGCCGAUCCACACGGCGCUCAAGCGCGCCAUGGUCGCGCUCGACUUUAGCAAGCCGACCGAGAUCCAGCGGCGCGCGGUGCCGGAUGGACUGGCGGGGCGUGACGUCGUCGGUGUUGCCGAGACUGGCUCGGGCAAGACCCUCGCCUACUCGCUGCCUAUCCUCUCGUACCUCCUCCGCCAGCCCGCCCCGCGCGCGGGGGUGCGGAGGCCGCUGUCCGCGCUCGUGCUGUGCCCUACGCGCGAGCUCGCGAUCCAGGUCAACGACCACCUGUCCAAGGUGCUGAGCUAUGCGCUGGCCGAGGAUGAGGACGAUGGUGAGGACGAUGAUGACGAGGAGGACGACGAGGCGGGGAAGAGCAAGAAGCCCCCGCGCAUCUCCAUCGGUACCGUCGUCGGCGGCCUGUCGGCGCACAAGCAGAAGCGUAUCCUCGCGCGCGGGUGCGACGUGCUCGUUGCGACGCCUGGCCGACUGUGGGACCUGCUCAAGACGGACGACGCGCUUGCCGCCGGCGUCCGCGCGCUGCGCUUCCUCGUCAUCGACGAGGCGGACCGCAUGAUCGAGACGGGCCACUUCGCCGAGCUCGAGAGCAUUGUCAAGCUCACCCAGCGCAACUUUACCCCUGACUCGGGCGAGUACGACGACGACCCGACGUUUGCCAACACGGCGACCGUGCUCGAGGACACGGACGCGCGCGAGGACAUGCAGACGUUUGUCUUUUCGGCCACGCUGUCCAAGGACCUGCAGCAGAACCUGAAGAAGCGCCGCCGCUCCAAGCCCAAAGGCAAGAAGGCGAGCGCGCUCGAAGACCUGGUGGAGAAGCUCGACUUCCGCGACGAGUCGCCUCUUGUCAUCGACCUGUCGCCCGAGGGCGGGCUCGUCAAGACGCUGCGCGAGAGCAUGAUCGAGUGCGUCGUCUCGGACAAGGACCUGUAUCUGUACUACUUUUUGCUGCGGUACCCUGGCCGCUCGCUCGUCUUCACGGGCAGCAUCGACGGCAUCCGCCGCCUGAUCCCGCUGUUCGAACAGCUCCAGGUGCCAGUGUACCCGCUCCACUCGCAGCUGCAGCAGAAGCAGCGCCUGAAGAACCUGGACCGGUUCAAGUCUGCGCCCAACGGCGUGCUGAUCGCGACCGACGUCGCCGCGCGAGGACUGGAUAUCCCGCACGUCGACCACGUCGUGCACUUCAACCUGCCGCGCACGGCCGACGCCUACGUCCACCGCUCGGGCCGUACCGCGCGUGCCCAGAACCCGGGCUUUGCGCUGCAGCUCGUGUCGCCCGAGGACAAGGCGGUGCAGCGCGCGCUCCUGCGCAGUCUUGACCGCGACGCGCCGCCGCCCGAGCUCGCGAUCGAGGGCGGCUUCAUGCCCAAGCUCAAGGAGCGCAUCGCGCUCGCCCGCGAGAUUGAAAAGGCCCAGCACGCCGUCAAGAAGGACAACCACGACAAGAACUGGCUCAAGGAGGCCGCCGAGGCAAUGGAUAUCGACAUUGACCCCGAGCUGCUCAGCGACGCCGAGGACGACCCCGAUGCGCCCGUCGCCCGCAAGGGGAGGAACAAGAAGGCCGAAAAGGUCCCCGCGCUCAAGGCCAAGCUCGCCAACCUCCUCGCCCAGCCCCUCGUCGCGCGCGGCGUGUCAGCGCGCUACCCCACUGCCGGCUCGCGUGUCAUUGUCGACGACGUGCUGAACAACACGGCCCACGGCACCAUGCUCGGCGCUGGCACCCUCUCGGCCUACGACCAGAUGGAGGGCGCAAAGGGCAAGGCCCCCAAGCCCAAGCGUAAGGCCGAGCCCGCCAAGAAGCAGGAGGGCCAUCGCGAGCGUGGCGGCAAGCGCCAGCGCAAGUAAACAACACUAUCCACGACGCAUCGAGGCAUUUGGC